UCUGCCAUCACACCUUCUGCUGUCAUCCCUUUUCCAGGAAAGUUAAGACAUUUUCCUGGAAUUAUUGUCCUCAUUGGUCCUAUUUCUUCGCUGGUUUCUUCAGAGGCUGAAUCCAGAACUCUACUCCCGAAUUUUUGCAAAAUCUGUGAUCACAAGAUUUUCCUUGUUCCACGCAAAAUUUCCCCUCCUUACGACUGAUUUCGUGGGGAUUUGAUGGGCCAAACGCAAUCGAAGGACGAGCUUCUUUACCAGCAAAUCAGUUAUGGGAACAUCGAAGGAAUCAAAGCCCUUCAUAGGGAGGGAGCAGGAUUAGAGUGGGUGGACAGAGAGGGAAAGACGCCUUUGAUCGUUGCUUGUAUGAACCCUGAGCUGUAUGAUGUCGCCAAAAUAUUGAUUGAACUUGGUGCCAAUGUCAAUGCAUACCGUCCGGGACGGCAUGCUGGCACUCCAUUGCAUCAUGCAGCUAAAAGAGGCCUUGAGAGUAUUGUGAAGUUGCUCCUUUUGCAUGGAGCUAAUGCAUUGUUCAUGAAUGAUGAUUGCCAAACUGCUCUUGAUGUUGCCAGGGCCAAGGGCCACGGCAAUGUUGUUCAUGCUAUUGAGAGUCAUCUCUGCUUGUUCUCUGGUUGGCUGCGGGAGUUCCAUGGACCUGGAUUCCUAGAAGUAGUAGCUCCACAGCUAGUAUCUAAGAAAGUUUGGGUGGUUGUUUUACCAGUUGGCUCUCGGAAUCUUACCAGACCCUACAAGCUGGAGCUUGCCAUAUAUUCUAGUAUGCAGGAUGCACAACCACGGACAGUUAUUGCUCUUUGGAAGGCCAACUUAGAUGAACCAAAGCUACACCAGUCAGAUCCUUCAGUGACUAUCGCUGAUCUCACUACAAAAACACGUAUUAAACUUGCACCUGCAAGUGAGAGUGACAAGCAACAACUUAAGUGGUUUUCUGAUGCAUGCAAAGGAAUUCCACAGGAAAGUCCGGCAUUUUUGCAGGGUAACAUUAGAACAGCUCCUCCCUCAGCGCCACCAGCUGCAGAAGAUCUAGAGAUGGCUGCUGCUAUCAGAGCAUCUAUGCAGUCUGCCGUGCACGAGAGGCCAUCCCUUGCAAAUACCCUGCCAAACUUUGGAGCAAGCUCGUCAAGUGGAGAAACUACAAACAUGCAUGGUUCAAUCAGCACGUCAAAUCCGAAGACAAGUGGUAGUUUGCCUGCAAAUGAAGUUGCACUGGGUAGCAAUUCAAGUGAGCCCAUCGAUGAUGAUGAGCCUGUUUCUCAAAGCUCUGGUGGUUUAGAUUUGAUUCCAUCAGCUCCUCCAAUUGCGGAUGAGUAUCCAGUUAAUGGCCCCAUUCAUUACCCCUCAAUUGAUGUAAGCCCUGUUGAAAUAUCAUCUUCAGCCGCAGAGAAGCCACCUGAAGAUGAAAAGAUUGCCGCGGGGAGUGGUUCUUCUUGUGUGAUCUGUUUAGAUGCUCCGGCCGAGGGUGUAUGCAUACCCUGUGGCCAUGUUGCCGGAUGCAUGUCUUGCUUGAAUGAGGUCAAAGCAAAGAAAUGGGGUUGCCCGGUUUGUCGAGCAAAGAUCGAUCAGGUGAUAAAGAUAUAUCACGUUUAAGACAAUGUUAAUAUGGCCCUGCCUGUUUUACGUUUUGAAAAUGACAGAAAAGUAUAGAGAGCCCACUUUGGGUCUUUGUGAAUAUCCUAUCAUCAAAUUUUUUUUUUGGUACAAUCCUAUCAUCAUGUUACGUAUUGUGAUUCUGUGAGUCUGAUUUACAAAGUGUACCGUAUGGAUUUUGUUCAUUUGUGAUAUAUAUAUAUAUAUAUAUAUCUAUAU